ACAGUUUUGUCUGUUUUUUUUUGCGUAAAACAUAACAUUGUUUUCACUCAUCGAUUGUGAAUGUGUUUUGAAUUGAGUUUUUUAAUUGUGGUUUGAAUUGUGUGUCAAUUAUCUCGUGAUAAACACUCAUUGAGUUACCAAAAAAACAGCACUUAUUUUAACGACAGAUUUACUCAUAUAGAGGACAGCGAAGAGAGAGAAGAAUAUGUCGAAAACGAUUGUAAGGACGAGUAAAUUCCGUCACGUGUUCGGGAAGGCCCUCAAGAAGGAGAACUGUUACGACAAUAUCCGUAUAUCGAAGAACUCUUGGGAUUCCAACUUCUGUGCCGUUAAUCCCAAGUUUGUGGCCGUCGUUAUCGAGGCCGCCGGUGGCGGAGCUUUCCUCGUACUGCCCCUCAAUAAAGAUCGAAGGGAUCUAAUCAGUGGCCGAAACACAAAUCGGCGACAAAUCUCAUGCAAACACAACAACACAACUCUUCAAUGGAUUGUUGUAUUGAAAUGA